AUGACGCCAAGCUCAAGUUCAAAGACUAUUAGUAAGACUAUUAUUGCACCAGAGACUAUUAGUAAGACUAUUAUUGCACCAGAGACUAUUAGUAAGACUAUUAUUGCACCAGACAAUAGAAAUAACACUAUUAUUGCACCAGAGACUAUUAGUACGACUAUUAGUGCACCAGAGACUAUUAGUAAGACUAUUAUUGCACCAGACAAUAGAAAUAACACUAUUAUUGCACCAGAGACUAUUAGUAAGACUAUUAUUGCACCAGAGACUAUUAGUAAGACUAUUAUUGCACCAGAGACUAUUAGUAAGACUAUUAUUGCACCAGACACUAGAAGUAAGACUAUUAUUGCACCAGACACUAGAAGUAAGACUAUUAUUACACCAGACACUAGAAGUAAGACUAUUAUUGCACCAGACACUAGAAGUAAGACUAUUAUUACACCAGACACUAGAAGUAAGACUAUUAUUGCACCAGAGACUAUUAGUAAGACUAUUAUUGUACCAGACAAUAGAAAUAAGACUAUUAUUGCACCAGAGACUAGAAGUAAGACUAUUAUUGCACCAAAGACUAGAAGUAAGACUAUUAUUGCACCAAAGACUAGAAGUAAGACUAUUAUUGCACCAAAGACUAGUAGUAAGACUAUUAUUGCACCAGACAAUAGAAAUAAGACUAUUAUUGCACCAGACACUAGUAAUAAGACUAUUAUUGCACCAAAGACUAGAAGUAAGACUAUUAUUGCACCAAAGACUAGUAGUAAGACUAUUAUUGCACCAGACAAUAGAAAUAAGACUAUUAUUGCACCAGAGACUAGAAGUAAGACUAUUAUUGCACCAGAGACUAUUAGUAAGACUAUUAUUGUACCAGACAAUAGUAGUAGUAAGACUAUUAUUGCACCAGACAAUAGAAGUAAGACUAUUAUAUCACCACAGACUAGUAGUAAGACUAUUAUUGCACCAGAGACUAUUAGUAAGACUAUUAUUGCACCAGAGACUAGAAGUAAGACUAUUAUUGCACCAUACAAUAGAAGUAAGACUAUUAUUGCACCAGAGACUAGAAGUAAGACUAUUAGUAAGACUAUUAUUGCACUAGAGAAUAGUAAUAAGAUUAUUAGUAAGACUAUUAUUGCACCAGAGACUAGUAAUAAGACUAUUAGUAAGACUAUUAUUGCACCAGAGACUAGUAAUAAGACUAUUAGUAAGACUAUUAUUGCACCAGAGACUAUUAGUAAGACUAUUAUUGCACCAGAAACUAUUAGUAAGACUAUUAUUGCACCAGAGACUAUUAGUAAGACUAUUAUUGGACCAGAGAUUAGUAAUAAGACUAUUAGUAAGACUAUUAUUGCACCAGAAACUAUUAGUAAGACUAUUAUUGCACCAGAGACUAUUAGUAAGACUAUUAUUGCACCAGAGAUUAGUAAUAAGACUAUUAUUGCACCAGAGACUAUUAGUAAGACUAUUAUUGCACCAUACAAUAGAACAGAAACUAUUAGUAAGACUAUUAUUACACCAGAGACUACUAGUAAGACUAUUAUUGCACCAGAGAUUAGUAAUAAGACUAUUAGUAAGACUAUUAUUGCACCAGAAACAAUUACUAAGACUAUUAUUGCACCAGAGACUAGAAGUAAGACUAUUAGUAAGACUAUUAUUGCACUAGAGAAUAGUAAUAAGACUAUUAGUAAGACUAUUAUUGCACCAGAGACUAGUAAUAAGACUAUUAGUAAGACUAUUAUUGCACCAGAGACUAUUAGUAAGACUAUUAUUGUACCAAAGACUAGAAGUAAGACUAUUAUUGCACCAGAGACUAGUAAUAAGACUAUUAUUGCACCAGACAAUAGUAAUAAGACUAUUAUUGCGCCAGAGACUAUUAGUAAGACUAUUAUUGCACCAAAGACUAGUAGUAAGACUAUUAUUGUACCAAAGACUAGUAAUAAGACUAUUAUUGCACCAGACAAUAGUAAUAAGACUAUUAUUGCACCAGAGACUAGAAGUAAGACUAUUAUUGUACCAAAGACUAGUAGUAAGACUAUUAUUGCACCAGACAAUAGAAGUAAGACUAUUAUUGCACCAGAGACUAGUAAAAAGACUAUUAUUGCACCAGACAAUAGUAAUAAGACUAUUAUUGCACCAGAGACUAGAAGUAAGACUAUUAUUGCACCAGAGACUAGUAGUAAGACUAUUAUUGCACCAGACAAUAGAAGUAAGACUAUUAUUGCACCAGAGACUAGUAGUAAGACUAUUAUUGCACCAAACAAUAGAAGUAAGACUAUUAUUGCACCAAAGACUAUUAGUAAGACUAUUAUUGCACCAAACAACAGAAGUAAGACUAUUAUUGCACCAAACAAUAGAAGUAAGACUAUUAUAUUACCACAGACUAGUAGUAAGACUAUUAUUGCACCAAAUAAUAGAAGUAAGACUAUUUUUGCAAUACAGAUUAGACGUAAGACUAUUAUUGCACCAAAGACUAGCAGUAAGACUAUUAUUGCACCAAAGACUAGUAGUAAGACUAUUAUUGCACCAAAGACUAGUAGUAAGACUAUUAUUGUACCAAAGACUAGAAAUAAGACUAUUAUUGCACCAGAGACUAGUAAUAAGACUAUUAUUGCACCAGACACUAGCAGUAAGACUAUUAUUGCACCAAAGACUAGUAAUAAGACUAUUAUUGCACCAGAGACUAGUAAUAAGACUAUUAUUGCACCAGACACUAGCAGUAAGACUAUUAUUGCACCAAAGACUAGUAAUAAGACUAUUAUUGCACCAGACACUAGCAGUAAGACUAUUAUUGCACCAAAGACUAGUAGUAAGACUAUUAUUGCACCAGACGUCUGCUUGACCCAUAUACUAAACGACUACUGCAUCGAGAAGACGUUCUCUUGCGUCUAA